AUCUUCAGCUUUUGCUACCAUCACCAUCGCCGCGGCGCCAUGGAAUCCUCCUUGCAAUCCCUCCUUGUAGCCGCUUUGGUGUUAGUAUUGCUCAUGACGCCUUGCAUCGAGGCCAUCAACGACCGCCAGCAUAGCAUCAUCGAUUUCAAGCAGCAUCUUUCCCCCUCCUGGCGUCAGUCCCACCAUCUCAGAGGUCAUCAUGGCAAGUUUACGGCCAGCCAAUGGAACUUUGCCCAUGCUACGUUUUAUGGAGGCAGCGAUGGCUCCGAUACGAGGGCGGGAGCAUGUGGUUACCAAGACACUGUGAGCCAGGGCUAUGGGCUGCAGACUGCUGCAUUGAGUAAUGCUCUCUUUAAUGAUGGCUUGUCAUGUGGAGCUUGUUUCGAGAUCAAGUGCCACAACGAGGCCAAAUGGUGUAAACCCGGCAACCCUUCCAUUUUUGUCACUGCUACCAACCAAUGCCCACCCAACUACAAUCUGCCCAGUGACAAUGGAGGCUGGUGCAACCCACCUCGCGUCCAUUUUGAUCUUACACAGCCGGCCUUCCUCCAAAUCGCCGAGUACAAAGCCGGGAUCGUGCCCGUUGCAUACCGGAGGGUUCCAUGCAAGAGACAAGGUGGCAUCAGAUUCACCAUCACUGGAAAUCCUUACUUCAACCUAGUCCUUGUGUGGAAUGUCGCCGGCGCCGGAGAUGUGCACAAUGUGCUAGUUAAAGGAAACAAGUUGCCAUGGGUGUCGUUGACUCGGAACUGGGGCCAGUACUGGCAAACUGAUAAAGACUUGACUGGCCAAUCUCUAACAUUCAGAGUCAUAACCAGUGAUGGACGCAAAUCAACCUCUUGGCACAUCACCCCUCGCAAUUGGCAGUUUGGCCAGACCUUUGAAGGCAAGAACUUCAAGUACUGAGCAAAUUUGGCUUAACAGUUAACAAUCUAAGCCCAAUCUUUGUCUAGCUUCUACUAGAGUAAUAUCUCUGAGCUUGGUGACUAUAGGAGUCUGCUGAAGGUUGACAGCAGCCAGGACAUUACAUCGAUCUGUGUAAAACGUGAAUGAUAUUAGUUGGAGCAGUUAUAGUGCAAGGCGUAAAGAGGGAUUAGAAAGAAGAAAUUGCUGACUAGCUUAUGUAUAAUAAAGCAUUCAGCUCAAAUUUACGAACAUGGUGGUGCAAAUAAGCAUUAAGAGCUUAUGUUUUGGAUGA